GCUCAUGAGCUACUAAUGCGAACAACCUAACCUACUCAGAAGAGAGACUAAAGAGAGAGAAGAGAGAUGGAGAGGUAUAAUGCAUUUGCUGUCAUUUGUAUAUUUCUUCUUUAUAUGGUUGCUUCUGCUGUAGCUAUUGGAGAAGGCUGUGGUGUUUUGAUUACCGAUGAAUUGAAGAACAAUGUAGUUGAGAAUCUAUAUGGAAUCGAAGUGGGCUUGAAGUCACAACAUCAAGUUCCUUACAUUUUGCACAACUUUCUGAAUAACAACUUUCAAGAAGCUGAGGAGGGUUUAGGGAGUUUGAUUCAUCAUCUGUCUCUGUUUUCAGUCACAAACUUCACUCGCUCUGCUAAUAACUCUAGUGAAGCAGUUAAUUUUUCUAAGCAUGUGAUAAUCGAAGCUAAAAAAGCUCGAAGCUUGAUUCACCAGCUCAACCAUUGCAAGAACUCAACUACAACUCAUGAACAACCAUUAAAACGAUCACUAAGUAGCAUUGAGAGAAGCAAAAGUGAUUGUGUUGUGGAUGGAAGUAAAUGCCAGUACUCACAAUGUGCACAAGGCAAGAAACUCCCAAUCUGUGCAUAUGGGUUUGCAAGAGGUGUUACUGGUGGUGCAUUUGGUCCAUAUUACAUCGUCUCUAGCUCAUAUGAUGACCCAAAAAAUCCAGCACCAGGUACUCUUCGUUUUGCUGUAAAUUUUGCGAGGGGAAACAAAGGUGGAGCUUGGAUUAGAUUCAAGAGGAGCAUGAUUAUUAGACUUAAAGACAAGCUAUGGAUUCAUUCAAAUACAACCAUUGAUGGAAGAGGAGUAGAAGUGGCCAUCAUAGGACAAUGCAUCGCCAUUCGACACGUAGAGAAUGUGAUCUUGCAUAACUUUGCUAUAAGCUUAACUGGGAAUAGUGAUACCAUUCAUGUGUUUGAAGGAACUAAAAAAGUGUGGAUUGAUCAUAUAACUACAAGAGAAGCAAAAUUAGGAUUAAUUUCAGUUCUACAGGGCUCAACCGAUGUUACAAUCUCUAAUUGCUAUCUUUCAAAGUGCGACUUCAAUCUAUUGUUAGGGGCAUCAGACCAAGAUACUGUUGAUCACAUAUUAAGGGUUACAGUACAUCGGAAUAGGUUUGAGUCUUCCACACAAAGGAUGCCACAUUGCAGAUGGGGUUAUUGCCAUGUAGCAAACAACUAUUACAGAAAUUGGAACUAUUAUGCAAUAGGAGCCAGGGUAUAUGCCAAGGUGUACUCAGAGCUAAAUGUGUUCAAUCCAGGGAAGAAGCUAGAGGUGACACCAUGGUUCCAUGACUAUAACUCUGAUAUCACACCAACCAUAGUCUCAUUCAAAGACCUUUUGUUAAAGGGGGCUAAAUUUCAUCAGUUCUUGCACCAUGGCACAUUGCGCAAUCCUCGGGAUCUAUUUCAUGACUAUGUGGUUCCUGUUCGACCCACAGAUAAACUUGAAGAACUGGUGAUCAACUGUUCUGGGGUUCUAUUUGGAUCCAAACUUAAACAUUGCUUGGAAACUCCAUGAACUACUUAGCUUUCAGAUUAGAAUUAACUUAAAACUUAAUUCUUAGAUUUGAUUAACUUCAAACUUAGUUUAGGUUGAGUCGUCGCAUUAUAAGGGCAUCGUACUAUUUUCACUCUUGUGAUUGGGCUACUUAACUCUUCAAUAGUAUCUUUUCCCAAUUGCGAAAGCUUUAGUUUCUAUAUUACAUGAAUUGUUGUGGGGUUUGUUCUGCUUGAUUUAGGACUUCUCUUCCUUUCUUUUAGUCUACCUAAAAAAAGUUGUAACGGUUGCCUUUCUUUGUGUUCUUAUGUUAUUUUCUCCUUAAUAUAUACAAAUUACCUUAAAAAAAAAUAAUCAUAGAUUACUGUUUUUGCCUUG